AUGUCUUCGACUCCCCCUUUACCUCAGACUGAUGCCUUGGACGAGAUAUUCCAGGGAUUGAAGAACAAGAAUCAUGACGUUCGAGUGCAAUCCGCUAUAGAACUCGAGCGUUACGUAGCCACCUCGGUUCCGGAAAUGUCGUCAGAAGCUGUGGCGAAGCUGUGGGAAGACACGAUCAACCGGAGACUGUUCGAUCUCGUCCAUAGUCAGACCAAUGUCGAAAAGUUGGGAGGUGUACUGGCGAUCGACCACCUGCUCAAGGCAGAAGCAGAAGGGACGAUAGAGUCCAAGCUGAAGCUCUAUCGAUUUUACAACUAUGUGAAAACUCUCCUUCCCAAUCCCGACAUCAACGUGAUGCUGGCAGCCUCGAAGACUCUUGGCAAGAUUGCUGCAGUCGGAGGGCCAGAGUUUGGCGAACGUUUCAUGGACUUCGAAGUACAAGCCGCCAUCAAGCUCCUGCAAGCUGACAAACAAGAACCAGGCCGAUACGCAGGUGUUCUCAUCUUAAAGGAACUGGCACGCAACAGCCCGACAUUUUUCCACUCUCACAUCAGCUUGGUCUUCGACAAUAUUCUGGUUCCGCUGCGUGACGCUCGUGUGAUCGUCAGAGAGAGUGCAGCUGAACUAUUGGCCGCCUGUCUGGAGAUCAUAACGCAGCGAGAUCGACAGAUCCGGAGCCCGGUCUUGUUGAGAAUCUUGCAAGAUGCACAAUUGGGUUUAAAGAUGGCGGCACCGGAGGUCAUACAUGGGUCCUUGCUAACGUACCGAGAGCUGUUUCUGCAUGGGGGCAUGUUCAUGAAAGAGAACUUCCUUGACGCCGCUGAGCAAAUACUGUCUUUUAAGACUCAUCGCGACGCGCUCGUGCGCAAGAUGGUUAUUACCUUGAUUCCAACGCUCGCUGUCUACGACACGCAGACAUUCACAGAACACCAUCUACACAGAGCUAUGGCCCAUCUACUGACACAAUUAGAUAAACCAAAUGAAAGAUCGUUUGCGUUUAUCGCUAUUGGCCAUGUCGCGAUGGCUGUGGGUAGUGAAAUGAAGUCCUUUCUGGACUCGAUCAUGACCCACAUCAAGCAGGGAUUGCAGAUGCGAGGUAAAAAGAACGCGCCCUCAGAAGAACCAAUCUUUCAAUGCGUCGGCAUGCUCGCGUCGGCGGUCGGUCCAAAUCUGACCAAGCUUUUGCACGACCAACUAGAUUUAAUGUUUGCUUGUGGACUCACUGAACCCUUGCGGCAAGCUCUGAUGAAUAUUGCAUGUCACAUUCCUCCGUUGCUCAAAACUAUUCAAGAUCGUUUGUUGGACCUCCUAUCACAAAUUUUGUCCGGGCAGCCUUACAAACCACUGGGAGCGCCUUCUUCUCUGCUUCGCGGCGAGCCUGCAGCACCAAACAGAGAUUACACACUCUCAGAGGCUACGAGUGCCGACAAUAAGAAUGCUGAGCUCGUCACAUUGGCGCUGACGACGCUGGGCGAAUUUGACUUCAGUGGACAUAUACUGAACGAGUUCGUUCGUGAUUGUGCCUUGCCGUACCUUGACUCCGAUUUCCCCGAAGUGAGGCGCGCCGCCGCAGAGACCUGUUGUCGCCUUUUCAUUCGGGACCCUAUCUGUUAUCAAGCUAGUAACCACUCGAUUGAGAUCAUUAGUGACGUGAUCGACAAGCUUCUCACUGUCGGAAUCGCGGAUCCAGAUUCUUCGAUCAGGCGGACUGUAUUGUCGUCGCUACACGAACGAUUUGACAAGCAUCUUGCUCAGGCUGAGAACGUACGGUCCCUUUUCAUCGCCAUAAAUGACGAGGACUUCGAUAAUCGCGUGAUUGCCGUUGGUCUGAUCGGCCGCCUAGCUCUACACAAUCCGGCAUACGUCAUGCCGUCACUUAGGAAGACCCUUAUACAACUCCUGACCGAGCUUGAGUAUUCCACUGUCACACGCAGCAGAGAAGAUUGCACACGCUUAUUGACCCUUCUCGUCAGCGCGACUCAGCGACUUAUCAAACCAUAUGCAAUUCCAAUGCUGCGCGUGCUACUUCCAAAGGCCAACGACAAUAAUUCAACGGUAGCUGCCAAUGUCCUCGCGUGUCUUGGCGAAUUGUCUCGCGUUGGAGGAGAAGAUGUGAUGCCUCACGUUCCAGAUCUAAUGCAAGUAAUCAUCGCAAGACUGGCAGACCCGUCGCAGCCUAAACGAGAUGCAGCACUUCACACAUUGGGUCAGAUGUGCUCCAGUACAGGAUAUGUCGUUAUGCCGCUCGUCGACUACCCUCAGCUACUCCAGAUCUUGACCAGGAUACUGCGAACAGAGUCCAAACCAUCCGUGAAACGGGAGGUCAUCAAGGUUCUAGGCAUUCUCGGUGCUCUGGAUCCAUACAGGCGUAAGACCAAGCCGGAAGAGGAGACUACCAGUGAAUUGACUUCAAGUCUGGCGAACUCCGCGCCCAGAAACUAUAACAGCACCUCAGCAACAUCGGAUGACUACUAUCAGACUGUGGCUAUAAAUGCGCUGCUUGACAUUCUGAAGGACCAGUCCAUCAGCGGUCAACACCACAAAGUUAUCGAAGCAAUCAUGUCUAUCUUCAAAACUCAGGGUUUGAAAUGUGUGACAUUCCUUCCGCAGAUUAUACCAGCGUUUACUGCUGUCGCACGCACGUCUACCGCUCGUUUACAAGUAUUCCACCUGGAACAGCUUGCUAUCUUGGUAAGCAUUAUCAAGCAGCAUGUACGCAAUUUCAUGCCCGAAGUUUUUGGCUUGAUCAACGAGUUGUGGGAGAACGUCUCACUGCAACUGACACUGGUAUCACUGGUUGAAGCCCUUGGGAAGGCGCUCGAUGCCGAAUUCAAACCAUUCUUACCGACCAUCCUGCCUCUCAUGCUCAAGGUAUUCGAAGGCGAGCUCAAUGACAAGACUACGAACACGCAGAUCAAGAUCUUCGAUGCGUUUCUCACAUUCGGUGCCAACAUCGAAGAAUAUCUUCAGCUUGUCAUCCCAAUUAUUGUCAAGACUUAUGAGAGGCCUGACGCACCUACCGCACUUCGUAAGAGCGCGGUACAAACAAUAGAUGGGCUUUCUAGGAGAGUCAAUUUCUCUGAUCACGCAUCUCGAAUCAUACAUCCACUGGUCCGUGUACUGGGACAUUCCAAUAACGAGUUAAGGAUGACUGUUAUGGAUACCUUGUGUUCUUUGGUUAUUCAACUCGGUCCUGACUAUGCCAUCUUCAUUCCUACUGUGAACAAGUGUCUGAAUCGCAACAGAUUAACCCAUCCCAAGUACGAGAGUCUAAUCACGAAACUUCUCAAUGGAGAGCGGUUGCCACAGGAAGCCGGUGCCUCCGAGUUAUUGCUGGGUGAUGGAUCGAAGGCUCCCGAGUUCUCUGCUCCCGCCGAGGCGACUAAGAUGACUGUAAACCAACAGCAUCUCAAGCAAGCGUGGGACGUAUCACAGAUCUCUACCAAGGAUGACUGGAUGGAGUGGAUCCACAGAUUGUCCGUGGAGUUCAUGAAAGAAUCACCGUCUCAUGCUCUGCGAGCUUGCAUGAGUCUCGUUGAUGUUCAUCCACCGCUUGCCAAAGAACUCUUCAAUGCUGCGUUCAUUUCUUGCUGGGGAGAGCUCUACGACCAGUAUCAGGAGGAUCUCGUGCGCUCAAUUGAAUUCGCAAUCACUUCAAGUCUAGCACCUUCCGAUCUGGUGCAUCGCCUCCUGAAUUUGGCUGAAUUUAUGGAGCACGAAGACAAGGCCUUACCGAUUGAGAAUCGGACACUUGGAGAGUACGCGAUGAAAUAUCAUGCAUACGCCAAAGCCUUGCACUAUAAGGAGCUGGACUUCUUCUCCGAGACAUCACCCACUAUUAUCGAAGCUCUUAUUGGGAUCAAUUCCAAGCUCCAGCAACAUGAUGCUGCCUGGGGAACGCUGCUGAUAGCACGUGAACAGUACGACGUCAGCAAGCACGAGGAAUGGUACGAAAGGCUCGGCAGGUGGCAGGAAGCGCUCAAGACGUACGAAGAGAAGGCUCAGGAAGACCCCGACUCACUCAAUAUCGCUAUCGGCAGAAUGAAGUGUUUGCACGCUCUGGGAGAAUGGGACGAGCUGGCACAGCGAGUGGAGGAGAACUGGGCCAAAGCCAGUCAUGAGGAUCGCAGGGAGAUUGCUCCUAUGGCAGCUGCUGCGGCGUGGUCUCUGAAUGAUUGGGACUCCAUGGAGGACUACCUCGCGACCAUGAAGCCCGAUUCAGCAGACCGUCCCUUCUACAGAGCCAUUUUGUCUGUUCAUCAGAACCAGUUCCCCAAGGCUAUGACACAGAUAGCCAAAGCUCGUGACAUGUUGGAUCCAGAGUUCACCUCCCUGGUUGGUGAGAGCUAUGGGCGAUCGUACAAUACGAUGGUCCGCGCGCAGAUGCUGUCUGAGCUCGAAGAGAUCAUUACUUACAAACAGUAUGCCGAUCAGCCAGAGCGUCAGCAGGCGAUGAGGAGAACUUGGAUGAAGAGGCUGAAAGGCUGUCAACCUGAUGUGGAGGUUUGGCAACGAAUUCUUCAAGUACGAGCAUUGGUUCUGAGCCCCGAUGACGACCCAGUCAUGUGGAUCAAAUUUGCAAAUCUCUGUCGCAAGUCCGAGCGAAUGUUCCUAGCAGAAAAGACAAUAAACUCUCUUCUGUCGCCGGAGAGGUUGCAGCAGCCGUAUCGCGAGAACCAGCAUGUGAAGGCGCCUCAUAUUGUCGUGUAUGCGCAUCUGAAGUUCAUAUGGGCUACCGGUGCGAGGGAAGAGAGCCUGAGUUACCUUCGUUCGUUCUCUGCCAACCUAUCUCGGGCGUUGCAAUCGGAACCUGGCAGCCACGCCCAGGUGGACGUCCCGAAACGGAAGAUUGACGAAAAGAUGGAUGAACUCUCGCGUCUACUCGCACGGUGCUACUUCAAGCAGGGUGAAUGGGAAGUCGCUCUAAAAGACAACUGGAGCACCAGGAAUAUCAAAGACAUCUUGCAUUCCUAUUACCUCGCAACAUACUAUGAUCCAACGUGGUAUAAAGCAUGGCAUACGUGGGCGCUAGCCAACUUCGAAGUCGUUGGAUAUCUCGAAACUCAGAGCGAGAACAGGACCUCAGAUUUGCCGAACCCCGAUUUGGCUAUGCAUAUUGUGCAAGCUGUGGAAGGCCUCUUCCGUUCAAUCUCUCUGAAGAACGAAAAUGCUUUGCAAGAUACCUUACGACUCCUCACCUUGUGGUUCAAAUAUGGCGCACAAGAGGAAGUCAGUCAUGCUAUGAGCAGCGGUUUCACUGAUGUUGAGGUGGAUACCUGGCUCGAGGUGAUCCCUCAGAUCAUCGCUCGGAUUCAAACGCCCAACGCCAACAUUCGUCGCAACAUCAACAAUUUACUCAGCGACGUUGGCAGACACCAUCCUCAAGCUCUCGUCUACCCCCUCACUGUCGCUUCGAAAUCUUCUAGCGCUUCUCGAAAGAGCGCUGCUCUUGCGAUCAUGGAUCGGAUGAGAGAACAUAGUCCAAUUAUUGUGGCUCAGGCGCUACUCGUGAGCCACGAACUCAUCAGGGUGGCCAUCAUCUGGCACGAACUCUGGCACGAAGGGCUUGAAGAAGCUUCGCGACUCUACUUCACUGACAAGAAUCCUGAAGGCAUGAUCGCGUUCUUGGAGCCAUUACAUGACAUGCUGGAGGCUGGUCCUAAAACAGCUCGGGAAACGUCAUUCGCGCAGGUCUUUGGAAGAGAUCUGCACGAAGCGCGGGAAGCUUGCAAGCGGUACCGAGUAUACGGUGAGAACAGGGAUCUGGAGAAGGCUUGGGAAAUUUACUAUGGAGUUUUCAAGAAGAUUGAGAAACAACUACCACAGUUGACAACGUUAGAUUUGCAAUAUGUUUCCCCCGAGCUUCUCAAGGCACGCAACCUAGAACUCGCGGUGCCAGGAAUCUAUCAAAGUGGAAAGCCGGUUAUCAAGAUCGCUAGCUUCGCCACGAAAUUGACGGUCAUCACGUCCAAGCAGCGACCACGUCGGCUAUCGCUGAAAGGUAGUGACGGCAAGGACUACCACUACCUCUUGAAAGGUCACGAGGACUUGCGGCAGGAUGAGCGUGUCAUGCAGUUGUUCAGCCUGGUCAACAAUUUGCUCUCGGUAGACACGGAUUGCUUCAAGAGACAUCUGAACAUUCAGCGAUACCCGGUCAUUCCAUUGGCUCCAAAUGCCGGUCUACUUGGUUGGGUGCAGGACAGUGAUACUAUGCACGUACUUGUCCGAGACUAUCGCGACUCAAGGAAGAUCUUGUUGAACAUUGAGUAUCGUUUGAUGCUACAGAUGGCACCGGACUACGAGAACCUGAUUCUCCUGCAGAAAAUAGAGGUCUUCGAGUAUGCUUUGGAGAACACGACCGGCCAAGAUCUAUACCGAGUUCUCUGGUUGAAGAGCGUCAACUCAGAACAUUGGUUGGAACGUCGCGCGACGUACACAAGAUCUCUGGCUGUCAACAGUAUGGUGGGUCACAUCCUGGGUUUGGGUGAUCGCCACCCUUCCAACUUGAUGCUGGAACGGAACACGGGCAAGGUAGUGCACAUCGACUUCGGGGACUGUUUCGAGGUGGCUAUGCACCGCGACAAGUUCCCUGAGAAGAUUCCUUUCCGAUUAACGAGGAUGCUCACGCAUGCGAUGGAGGUCAGCGGCAUCGAGGGCAGCUUCAGACAUACUUGCGAAAUCAGCAUGAAGGUCCUUCGAGAUAACAAGGAGUCCCUCAUGGCCGUGCUUGAGGCCUUCGUGUAUGAUCCUCUCAUCAAUUGGCGGUUGAUGCAAACCGAUGUCGACGCCCGACGGCCUGAAGGUGCUAGUACAGAUGCCGGGCGCGAACAGCUCGCUCGCGUGUCUGCUUACCCUCAAGGUCCGAUACGGAAAUUGAAGGCAGAUGAAAAUGAUAUUUUCAAAGAAGCCCAGGAGGUGCGCAACGAGCGGGCGUUGUUCGUGUAUAGUCGUGUGCAACACAAGCUCACUGGUCGCGAUUUCAACCCCGAUGUGGUUCUCUCUGUGCCUGCACAGGUAGACAAACUCAUCAUCCAAGCGACAUCUCUCGAAAAUCUGUGUCAAUGCUUCUCUGGAUGGUGUGCAUUCUGGUGA